CCCACCUGUCCGAGACCGCCGCCCUCACCUGAGGCGCGCGAGAGGCCGCCGCGGCCCGCCCACCUGUCCCUGCUGGCGGCGGCUUCCGGGCUCGGGCUACUCCGAGGGCGCGGUCGCGGGCUCCGGGGCAGGGCGGCGGGGCCAGCGGCGCUGGAUCGGCCGGAGGGCAGCAUGGCUUCGGGCUCUUACAAUGUCAGCCGCGCCUUCCACGAGGCGCCGCCGCCGCUGCACAACCGGCCGGACAACACGGCCUUCACCCAGCAGCGCCUGCCGGCCUGGCAGCCGCUGCUGUCGGCGGGCACGGUGCUGCCGCUCUUCUUCGGACUGGGCCUCGCCUUCCUGGCCAUCGGGCUGGGCCUUCACUUCACCUCGGCGGGCAUCCAGGAGCUGGAGCUGGACUACACCGGGGCCCCCGGCACCAACUGCUCCAGCUGCGCCAGCCUGACCAACAGCAGCAACCCACGCCGGGUGCCCUCCUGCCAGUGCUGGCUGAAAUUCCAGCUGCCCGCCGCCUUCCCGCUGCCCGUCUGCCUCUACUACCAGCUCUCCAACUACUUCCAGAACAACCGGCGCUACAGCAUCUCCCGAGAUUACGAGCAGCUCAGCGGGAUCGCCUGGGCGCUGCGCCACCCCUUCCAGGAGUGCCAGCCCUACCAGUACAACAGCCAGGGGCUGCCCAUCGCGCCCUGCGGGUCGGUGGCCAACAGCCUCUUCAAUGACACCUUUGAGCUCUACCAGCAGCUGCAGAACGGCUCUCUGGCCAACGUGACGUUGGAUAAGCGGGGUAUCUCCUGGUGGACCGACACUAACGUCAAGUUCCAAAACCCGGAGCCGGUCAACAACAGCUUGUGCCUGGCCUUCAGCGGCACGGCCAAGCCUCCCUUUUGGUCCCGGGAGGUCUGCAAGCUGGACCCCUACGACGUCAACAACACGGGCUUUGUCAAUGAGGAAUUCAUUGUCUGGAUGCGCACGGCUGCCCUGCCCACUUUCCGAAAGCUUUACGCCCGCAUCCGCCACGACAACUUCUCGGGGGCACUGCCCCCGGGCACAUACUACCUGAACAUCAGCUACAAUUACCCCGUGCUGGGUUUCCACGGUACCAAGAAGGUCAUCUUGAGCACCCUCUCUUGGAUGGGGGGUAAGAAUCCCUUCUUGGGCAUUGCCUUCUUGGUCCUGGGCUCUGCCUGUAUCCUGGGUGGCCUCCUCAUGACGGUGGUCCAUUUCAAAUACCGGCACCAGGAUGAGGAUGAGGAUGAUUAGGAGACCAAGCCUGACUUCUCCUUCGCAGGACAUCCCAUCAUUCCUCAGGUGGCAUGACGAAGGAGUGGGGAAUUCUGGGAGAUGCUGGCAAAGGACAUCCAGCAAGCUGGAAGCUGACAUCUGAAGAGCAUUGGGCUUCAAAAAGCUGUGAAUAAUUGGACUGUAGCAGGGUCGAUGCUUCUCAACCCAUGAAGAAUAAAUUCAGUCUAUUGUGUAGCUUUUCUUGAAAAUAAUCCUCAGCUCCGUAAUUUUUCAAGCCGGUGAAGUUGAUUUCUUGUUAAAUGGCAUAAGGAAAUUGAGUGCCAUCAUUUGAAAUCAUUAGAAGUUUGAUAUGAAGGGUGUGGCUAACACAACAUGGCUUGGGAAACAGUGCUGUUUUCCUUAUGAAGGGACUUCCUCCAAGCAAACUGAUGAUUACUUAUGGAUGUUGGAAACUAUCAUUUCAUUUGGAUCUUAGAUUUGGCCUGUUCUUAAAUGCUGGGGAGAUAACCCAGCAUUUGUUGUCUACACAAUAUUUACUCAUCGAUAACUACUAUGUGUUGCUGAUCCCCUAGGAUGGUAUGUUUGGGAUAAAUUCAGUUGGUUAAUUAACAGUCUAUUAUGUAAAUAUAGCCAAUGAAAAAUGUAUACAGGUAGUCCUUGAUUUAUGAACAUAAUUUAGCCCAAAAUUUCUGUUGCCGAUUUUGCAACCUUUUUUGACACAAUUGUUUAGUGAAUCACUGUAAUUGUUAAGUCUGCAACAUGGCU